CAGUGUAUGGGUUUACAAGGUUUCCUGAUCUUUCAUAGUUUUGGUGGCGGUACGGGGUCUGGAUUUGCUUCAUUAUUGAUGGAACGGCUGUCAGUUGAUUACGGAAAAAAAUCAAAAUUAGAAUUCGCCAUCUAUCCGGCGCCGGAAGUUGCUACAGCUGUAGUGGAGCCAUACAAUGCGGUGCUGACAACACAUGCAACACUAGAACACAGUGAUUGUGCUUUUCUUGUUGACAAUGAAGCGAUAUUCAAUAUAUGCCGUAGGAGCUUGGACAUUGAACGACCAACCUAUAUCAACCUAAAUCGCCUUGUUGCCCAAGUAGUAUCAUCUACCACUGCAUCAUUAAGGUUCGAUGGCGCCCUCAACAUAGAUUUGAUUGAGUUUCAGACAAAUCUGGUUCCAUAUCCCAGAAUUCAUUUUCCCAUGAUGACAUACGCGCCUGUAAUAUCAGCAGAAAGGGCUUAUCAUGAGCAGUUGUCCGUGGCUGAGAUCACCAAUGCCUGCUUUGAACCAGCCAAUCAGAUGGUGAAAUGCGAUCCUCGUCACGGCAAGUACAUGGCAUGCUGUAUGUUAUACCGUGGUGAUGUUGUACCAAAAGACGUCAAUGCUGCCAUCUCUACGAUUAAGACAAAACGUACUAUACAGUUCGUUGAUUGGUGUCCAACUGGUUUCAAAGUUGGCAUCAACUACCAGCCACCGGCCACUGUCCCAGGUGGAGAUAUGGCUAAAGUACCGCGGGCUGUUUGUAUGAUGAGUAAUACAACAGCUAUUGCCGAGGCCUGGGCUCGACUAGAUCAUAAAUUCGAUUUAAUGUAUGCUAAGCGUGCUUUUGUCCACUGGUAUGUCGGUGAGGGAAUGGAAGAAGGGGAAUUCUCAGAGGCCCGUGAAGAUCUAGCGGCAUUGGAGAAAGAUUAUGACGAGGUUGGAGUUGACUCUGUCGACGAUGAACAAGAAGAAAAUGAUUUAGAAUAUUAAUAUUAUUCGGAUAAAUUUAUUAGAAUAAGAAAUUACAUUAGUUCAAUAUAGUGCAGUAAGGUAUAACGUGAAUUACUGUUAAUAGAGGGACGGUAAGGCGGAUAGCUGGUACAAGUUACAGGAAAUAAAAGCGGCAUUUUACGUGUUUACAAGCAAAUAAAAUGAAAGUUUCGUUUACAGUCAAAAAUAGGUUUUUACACUUUACAGAUAAAGCAAAUUUCUAAUUACAUUUUUACAAUAUUUUUGAUAAUUUUGUGUUUAAGAAUCUAAAUUGGAAAUUGCGUACCAAUUACAUUUAAUUUAGAAAAUGCUAUAUACGCUUACAAAAAAUAAUAUCUGUACAAAUUACGGCCGAAUAAAAUAUUACAUUUUACACCAUGUCCAUGUUUACGAAUUUACGUUGUUUUAUUUAUUUAAAUUACAUAAAUAAAACAAUUGAUCACAGCUUACGAAA